AUGGCCUCCUCAUCAUCAGAAGGCGCCUACGUCACAGUCUCCUACCCCCGCACAUCCACCCUCGAGUUCAACACGGACUACUACGUGAACAACCAUCUUGCCAUCGUCGACAAACACUGGCGCCAAUUCGGCUUGAAAGGCUGGACGGUCGUGCAUUUUCCUGAGGGCGACGCCAGUGGACAGCAUACGCAGGCGAUAUUGCAUUUCGAUAACGUGCAGCAGUUUGAGAAGGCCAUGGCGGCGAACAUCCCGGAGGUGAUGGAGGAUUUGAAGAAUUAUUCGAAUGAGUUGCCUGUGAGGUGGUAUGGGAAGGUGUUGGGGAGGAGCGGGUGA